AAGACAUGCCAUAUUCAUUGUCUAAUUGAGUUUUACCAUGGUAAUAUAAAAUGGUCUUUAAUCACCUUCAGUAUUAUUCCCUUUUUGUGCCUUUAUUCAUUUGCCUUUUCUAUUUAUUUGUUGUUUUCCUUGUCUUUAUUUGCGCCUUUUCCCUCUUUUGCGCCCCCUGAAAGUGUCGCUCGGGGCACGUGCCCCUUCAACCUCUAGAUACGCCAUUGCAUAUAUGUUUAUAAGAAACUUUGUCAACACGGGCAUGACGGGAGAGUGACAACACACAAAGGUUAUUAUUCAUAUUUUGUCGAUUGGCUCAAUAAAUAAUUUGUUUGCCGGCCCUUUGACUACUACAAUAGAGCGUCAUGCAAUGGGUUUUCCCUUUCUGCGUGUAUCGCGGAAAUAUAUAUAUAUCCCUUUAUUAUUCUCUCUUGCCCGUAUCGGCACAUACAUGUACAUGUAGCACAAGUCAUGAUAAUGCAAAAAUAAGGAACUACCAACAAGUAAAGGAAGUGCUUAGUAUCUCUUUCCCUAUUAAAAGAUCUUUAACAGGAGUUAGCCAGCUGCUAAUUAUCAUAAUACCAAUCAAGAUGGAUGAGGACAUACUAAAUGAAGGUAGCACUUUAACAACCCAAACCGAGUCACAAGUCAUGAACGGGAGUAAGGAUUCAGACCUAUUCGUGUUUGAAGAUUACAACCAACGCAUUGCUAUAGCCACCAUCCUUUGUAUCGUCUUUGUGGUUGGAUCCAUCGGCAACACUCUUGUCAUCACUGCCGUCAUUCUUUCUCGUAAACUCCGUUCAUCCACCAACUGGUUCGUCGUCAACCUGGGCUGCUCAGACCUUCUAACAUGCCUCUCUUUACCUUUUAAUGUUGUCGCCAUGCUAAGCCGUGACGGUUGGCCUCUUCCUGGUUGGAUCUGUGCCGUCAAUUCUGCCGUGAUUCUGAUAUGUCUAGGGGCUAGUGUCAUGACGUUGUUUCUCAUUGCCUAUAAUCGCUGGUACUUGCUGACUAAGCUAAGGGGAAACUUCCAGAAGCUCUACACAAGUCGGAACAUCUGCUUGAUGGUACUCAGUGCUUGGGUUUACCCAGCUCUCUUGGUCCUGGUGCCUCACUUUGCAGGAUUGGGUCGACUGGGAUAUUCUUACAACUAUAAAGCAUGCUCACAGGAUACAUCACUUCCUAACUCGGACCUAUAUAGCCUGAUAGCAGGGGCGGGUUUAAUUAUUCCUGUAUUCUGUGCCAUAGUUGUGGUUUACAUUCGGAUCUAUCUCUUCGUUACCAAACAAAGUAAAAAGAUGGACCAGCUCAAAAAUGCAGGCGUACCCGGUUCUCAGAAUGUUGGAAUAGAAAUGAGCUCAUCAGAAGUUUCCUCGGCUGCACAGAGCAACCUCUCAUCCUGCAAUGCAACCAAACAAAGCUGUUCGACAUUGAACACGGAAAUAUCACAAUCAACAGAGAAAGGCCUGGAUGAAUCAAAUGGGGAUGACAUAGCAACAGCCAAUGCAGACAAUUUUCAAAAUAAGUCAUCUCCUGAAAUUCCUGAAGAUCUUUCAAAGCGGUCUCCUGAUGAAGAACCGAAAAUCAAUCAGAAGCAUCGACGAUUCUUUAAGCGAAAAGCACAUGCAAACAAGACACAGCCACGACUGAACAAGAUCAAUGUCACUGUAACGAAAAGACUUGCCAUCGUUGUUUUAGCCUUCUUCAUUUGCCUCCUCCCGUUCGGUGUAAGCGUUGUUGUUCCUCCAAGCGAUCCUGGUAUCCCUUGGACCGGUUUGAUGCUGACAUUUAAUAGUUGCGUUAACCCUUUGAUUUACGCCAGAACAAUGCCAGAGUUCCGCAAGGUGAUGCUGGCCAUCAUUCGUUGUCGCCUUAAAGACAUACCCGAUCCAAUUGCAUGCUUACAUCGAUUUCGUUAAUAUGGUUAUGUCGUACGUGGUAUAGCAUGACUAAUGUCAUCUAGAGAGACGAGCUUUAUAGACACUCUAUCGAGAUAGUGGAUGCUUAAGUGUGUCGGUUUGGGGUCGCUUCCCCCCGCCCCAAAAAAGAAAUUAAAGAAAUGUGUUACCCUACAGGUACCCUAUAAUUUGGUAAUUUCCUCUAAUGUCUGGAAUUUACAGAGUAAUAUUGUCGCCGGAGCAAAUGUCAUGGAACCCUCCUAAGAUAUAUCUCGGCCAACUUGUUACAAAUUUCCAAAGUUAGAUUGAUAUUUCAUUACGGUAUAUUUUGUAUUUUACAGUCAGACUCACACCUAUAUAAAAUUAUGUCCAUUCAUAAAGUGGUUGUUUCUGUGCAGCACUGCGUGCAUGUGUUACUGUGGAGAAGAUAACCUGUUGCCAGAUAAGCUAGAUGUCCUCGAGCAGCAAUUUCGAGGCGACUAUGGUGCAUGACGUAAGAUUUCUAAAAAGUUAAUGAGCAAAAUAUCGACAUUUUUAUUACAAAAAUCAAAUUUUGUGAUUGAUUUUUACAUAAUAUUAAACAAAAUAAUAC